AAAUGGGGCGGGAGUGGCAACGGCAGAAACCCCAGUAACCCGAAUUUGCUACAGUGCCGUAUCAGCUACUCUGCAGUCUGCUGCGCAGCUGCGAACUAAAACCGAAAGUGUGAUGCAAUUACUGUAACCCCUCAUGUCCAGCCUCCAACAUCAGUGUUACCUUCUACCUGUUCGGUCUUGUCCUAUUUUGUCUAUGGGUCAUAGUUAAACAAUUCAUCUGUUGAUUACUAUUCUUCCCCCCCUCCGAGGUUUCCAGUCCGGCGAUCUAAGUCUGCCAUAUACUGUAACAUAAAACGUUCAAAAGAGCACCACGGGUUACGCCCGACUGACAAAAUUGGUGGAAAACGAUCACCCCCCAUGCCGAAAGAGUUUUUUUUAAUAAACGCUAUGAGCUGAUUAAGAUCAUUUCAUUCUUCACAAUAAUAAGGAAUACGUUUCGUUUUUGACAAAUUGCGACUGGUUCUUUUAAGUCCUGUAACUCAUCCAAUGAGAAGACGCAGGGAAAGCACCCGUUUCAUUUUCAGUUUACGUGAAGGGCAGAAUGCAAUCUUUAUAAGCUUAAAUCAAAAUGAGUGAGAAUGCAUCUUCAUUGGCAGAUUGGAGUUUUUCUGGUCUACAAAACUCUCUGCAUGUGCGCAGGUAAGGACUGUAUUGCAAUCAUGGGAGAAUCCACUGUGCUUCCCUGUGUCUAUAGAAAAGGAAGUGAACUGGACCUAGGCAGUAUUGCCAUUGAGUGGAGAUCAGACAGUGUCAUAGUGCACAGCUUUGUCUAUGGAAAAGACGCUCUGGACAAACAAGGCGAAACCUAUAUCAACAGAACGCAACUCUUCCUAACAGCACUAAAGAUGGGCAAUUUCUCACUGAGACUCUCUGACAUUAGUAUGGAUGAUGCACGGAUAUAUAAGUGUAUUUUUCAUCAGAAUGGACUUGAAUCAAGUGUACAUUUGGAUCAGGUUUGCCUCACACCUGCAGCUCAUUACACAGAGCCAGUGGUGCAGAGAGAUGGGGUCACAGAAGGAGGUGAAGCCCAGUUCAACUGCUCCUCUGGACAGGGUUUCCCUAAGCCCACAGUCCACUGGCUCAUUAACGGAGAAUGCCCCCCUGUGGACACAGUGAGAUCAACUGUCACACAGGAGCCUGACACUAAACUGUUCUCUGUCAGAAGCCUCCUCACUGUCAACGUCACUCAGGAGAUCAUUGUGUCCUGUACCAUAGAAAACCACAGGCUCAAAGAGAACAAGACUUCUGCAGUCAUUUACUACAGCAUUCAGAAAGAUACAAACGCUGGAACCAACACUGCACAGGUGGUCGGAGGAGUAGUUGGAGGUUUUCUGUUAGCUGUUCUGAUAGGUGUAGCUAUGUGGAAGAGGAGGGAGUUAUUCAAACAAUGUGGUAUAGCCCAGUGAAGAAGAACUAAGAAGGUCAGGAACACCUAAGAACACCUAAGAAGAGGUCCAGGCUGAAGAAAUAAAAUGGGUUAAACACACUAAUUCUGUUUUUCAGAGACAGUACUAACGUUACUUUUUACAACUGAUGAAAAGUACAGAAAUUUGGAAAAGGUCUUAUUAGAAUUUUCAGGUACAUAACAAAGCAAACAUGCAUUGUAGAUGAACAAGUAAUAGGUUUAUUCCAUGCUGAAAAAAGAAGAAAGAAAACACAACGUUUCGGCCGUGAAGCCUUCUUCGGGUGUGGGACUCACACCUCUUUCACGUUUUGAAACUUCAUUGAUUUUUACUUUUUUUCUUGUUGACUUGAACUGUUGACAAUUGUUUACCCACACAGUUCUAGGAUUGUGGAACAAGCUGCCCAGCCAUGUGGUUGAUGCUGAUGAGAUCCGUAGUAGUUAGCUAACUACUAACAACGAAACAGGCCAGAUGACCUCUCGUUUGUAAUCUUUCUUCUGUUCUUUUGUCAAUUACUAUAGCUUUUAGGCUGAAUCAAAUAAAUUUUGGAUUUAUGUAUUCAA